AUGCUUGUCUACCAUGUGGCUAGAACCCUCGGCUACAAGAACCGCUUUGUCAGAGUUCCUGAUGGACAUUUCUGGAUCGAAGGCGACCAUCACGGACACAGUCUGGACAGUAACAGCUUUGGACCAGUGUCAGUGGGACUGCUCCACGGCCGAGCCUCACACAUCAUCUGGCCUCCGCAUCGAUGGCAGAAGAUCAGGCCAGCUCUGCCCCCGAACCGAGGCCCUCUGGAGACCAGCGAGGACUGA